AUGGAAAAUUAAACUUUAAUCUAACAAACAAUAUUUGAUAAGAGUCUGCAGUCAAGCUAUGAAAAACUUUAAAAAAGAUCUGAUUAAAUUGCUCGGUAUUACAAUCAGAAUUUUAAUGAGUAUACCAAUAAUGUGAAUAAAUCGAUUGAAUAGCUCAAUGAUUCAUAAAGAUCUUAUCAAUAACAAUCACAGGUUGAUUUUAUUAGAAAUAGUAUUUCAAAGACAAGAGAUGUAAAUAAUGAAGUAUUCAUUUCAGAUGAAGAUAAGCAAGAAAAUGCAAGAAGAGGCUUUUAAAAUCACAAGUUAAGACUAUAAUUGGGAGUAUUUGGAGAUUUUAAUAUUUCGACACUUCCUAACGUUGUUUCAGGGACAGCAUACCAGUAAAAAAGAUUAAUAUUUAGAACGAUGGAUAAAAAUAACGAAAUAAAUAUGCAACCAUAGAUAGCUUAGUAAAAUGUCAGCAGACUUCAAACAAGCAAUCUUACAAAUACUUCAAAUAUAAUGAGUGCAUUAGGGAAUAGAGAUGGGAAGAGAGGUAAAUCUGUUACAUCAAAUCAUACAAAACAGGCACCUCUCUUAAUGACAAGGUAAUCGAUGGGGAAACAAUCUAAUAUGGAUACAUCAAAGCUAAGUGAUAAAAAUGGCGAGGUGUCAAUGCGUAGCAGAUAGGUAUUCUAAAAUAAAGACUUUUUAACAGAUCAUGAGAAAAAGUUCGGAGAUUCAAAGAAUCUGGAAAAUAUAAACAACAGCUUCUAAAAAUUAAGUUCACUUUAGGAUAGAAAUUGGAGUUAAAGAGAUAUAUCUAAGGUCGUGUACUCUUCACCUCAUAAUUUUAGUGGGGCUUAUGAUAAAUCUAUAAACAGUUAGUUUAAUAGUAUCUUAAGUGGGAAAAAGAUAAGAUCCAAUGGAUUCUAAGGGGCAUCGUAGUCUGAUAUGACGAGAACUGACCUUAGAACGAUGCAACUUAACAAGAUUAAUUAAAUGAUACUUGAAAAAAGAACUGCAAUGUAAGUUGAUUAUCCUACUAUAAAAGAAGCAAUUAAAUAAGACUAGGCUAGUGCAUCUCAAAGUAUGAACCAAGAUUAGUAACAGCUUUAUUCUUAAAUAAGAUACAGAUCUCUAGGAAGGGCUGACCGUAACAAUGAUCCCAUGCACUUUGAAAAGGUUUUGACUGAUAGGAGAUCAUAGCUUAGUCCCAAACAUUAUAAUGGAAAUUAUAAUACUUAAAUCUUAUGGGAGGCCAAGCAAAGAGAUCUCAAAUCUACAAUGGGGCUGCAAAAGGCUACAUUUGACAUUAUUAAUAAUAGAGACAGGACUACUGCAGUUUAAGAUUUGAGCAGUAGGCUGCUAAAUAAAAAGGUUAAUGGAAUAAGUGAGUUUGCCUAAGUAACUCAUGUAACAGCCCCAAAGAUUAAUAGGGACUAUUAGAAAGUAUUUUAGUCAGAUCCAAAUGUUUUUAAAAGAAGUCAGGGAUUGCUCUCCAAGUUUGCCAAUUGUGCAGCAAGUCAUAAGAUACUGAUCCCUUCCUUCAAAAAAGCUUGA